CGCCGCCAAAUUCCAUGUGCAAAUUUGAAAUGAACCAAUGAGAUUCCAAGAUUGAGCUGUAUUUGCAAACACACCAAAGCUUGAUCGAAGAUGAUCGACUGAGUUGGAGCUUUAUAAAGUUUUAUCAAUGUCGAAUAUCGAGGCUUUAGAAGCCGAUCAAAGCGGUGAAAAACCUUUUUUAAAAACAGAGGAAGAUGUUGCAACUCUUGAGAGUAGCUUACAAGUGAGUACACCUCCAGAAGGCGAGAAAUUGCCAUGGUGUGUUGGAGAUGUCGUGUGGUCGAAGAUUCCUGGUCAUCCAUGGUGGCCUUCACUGAUCGCACAUGAACCGAAUACUGCUGUGUAUUUCAAAAUGAAAGGAAGGACACGAUACUACCAUGUUCAAUUUUUUGGUACAGAACUAAUGCGAGGUUGGGUGACUGAACGAAACGUCUUGAAAUACGAAGGUAGUAUUUUCCCCAUAACUCCCUCCAAAUUUUUCAAUACCUCAUGCUUUUAGCAAACAUAAAAUAACCCUCAUAAUUCCUUAAAUAUUACUGUAGUGAAACUUAGAUAUUAAUUAGUACUUUAAAUAUAUAGCUAUAGUUAGAAUUCUAAAAAUUUUAGUUUAUACGUGAAAAUUUAGACUUGUGUCUUCCUGAACUGACUCACAGCCAUAUUAAAUAUUCAACAUGGCGGCUGGCAGGCUGCAUUGAAAUAUUUUUGAAUUUUUUUAAAAGUUUACUGCCAAUUUAUUUAUUUAAUAUUGGUUGGAAAGUCAGACUGGAAAGUUUGGGGAUUUGUGUGAGGGUAGUAUACUAGAAUUGAUCCAAGUGUGUAGGCACUGUACAAGAUUUCAAAAAUUCAACAUACAAAUAUUUGUUACAGUUGAUAAAGUAUGAAAGUCAAUUUCGUUAACAUUCGUAUUUACAUAUCCUGUACUUUGCGGCAGAAUUUUGAGGUGAGGGGAGGUGUGGACCUCCCGAGAUUGUUUUGCACCUGAAAAUUCAUGCAUGUCUUGGGAAAGGUCAAAUGAUAGAUCAAAAUUUGACUCCAACUUACUGUAGCAAUAAACUUUAAUGUUUGUUGUGUUGCAUAGUGUCUACACUUCAUAAAAAAUGAUUUUUCUGAAAAAUUGAAUGUCAUUCAUCUGACUGGAAAGUUUAGAAAUUGCCCUCCCAAGAUUUAAAAAUUUAAUAGUAAAUAUGUAGAAAGUAUCAAAAUCGUGUGACCAAUAUCUUGGUUGCAUGACACAAACUAUCCACACUGCAGAGACGGAUUUUCGUUCGGUGGGGGGGGGGAUCAAUAUCUGGGGGGAUGCUGCUUGCAUUGCCCGGGGCCUGGUGGCAACGCCCGGAAAGGCCAAGGAAACAAAAUUUGUUUUCUAGGUCUGCAUGAUGAGAUCUGAGACCAUAAUAUUGGUAAUUUUACAAAUUUAGUAGUAAGAUUAAUCAAAUAUGAAACUAUCAAAUCAAAAUAUAUAUAAUUUGUGGGGGUGCAAAAACUUUUGGGGGUGGUGGCAAAUGCCUCUGGGGUAAAUCAUUUCUGGGGGGUGCACACACACAAACCCUCCCCAGAAAAUAUGUGCAUGCCACACUGGAUUCAUCUAUGAGUCCAGCAUGUGGAAACUACCCUUUUCAUCCAAUAGGAAUUUUGUAAUAUUGUAACAAGGGGCAAAAUUGGAUGACUCAUACAGUCAUAAUUUAUAAAUACAUUUAAUAUAUAUUUGUACAUUACAUUAAUAUGUCACAUAGUUGUCUUCAGGGGGGGGGGGGCUAAAGACACCCAUCCCAGGAAAGCCAUGGGCUGGCCAAACUGCUACACCUCCCCUACAACUUUUUCCACCUUCCCUAGCGUUUUCACCUGGCCUUGCUGUACUUGUUUUAUUGAUGAAAAUGGUGGUAAUAUUUUGGUCUUCAGACCAAUUAUCAGGGUUUGGGGCAAUGUUUGGAUUUACCCACUUGACCUUUUGUAAAGACCUUUCUGGUUGACUCUCCAUACUACUUUCCUGGCUGAAAUGAUGUCACAAGGAUUAACUGGAUUGGAAAGUUUGUACAAUGUGUAUGCAAGAUGACAUUUAAUUUGCAUGGGCAUGAUACUUGGGAUGUUGUGUAGAUAUAAUGUCAUUUUUUCUUGGCUUUAGGAGUACAGUUCUACAAUAAUUUCUAUUACUAUGUGAACCUGGGGACUGGCUGCAAAUUUCAUGUGUGGCAGGUUUAUAGCCAUGAAAAAUGUCUCCAACUAUUUGGCUUCCAUUAGCACAUAAGUGUACAUUAUGCAAUGAAAAUUACCACCAAUAAGAUGUCAACUAAAUCAAUUUAGCUGACAAGAUAUUGAUUUUUCAGCCAUGAUAUUGCCUGCUGCUUUGGUUUAACCACCCAACAUUUCAACACUAGCAAAUUAAUACUAACAUAAUGGUAAAUUGUCUUGAACGUUAACACAUUCACAUAGGUUUUAUAUGCAAUUUCAGGCAAAUCCCAUUUUCUCUCCUUGCGUCUCUCUGUCCAUGGCAAACAACACAAGAUUGGUAAGAAACAGCUUCCAGUUUGGGAGAAUGCAAUAAAGAUGGCAGACGAAGCACUACCACUAAACCAUCAUGAAAGACAAGAGUCUUUUAAUGUCUUCAUGUGUAGCAUUGUGGAGACUCCGGACACUGUUGUUGAUCAAGGAACUGGCGAUGUCCUUAGUGAGUUCGAAGAUAAGACGUCAAAUGCUACACCAGGCACAAUGGAUGAUGAUCAUGAGGACAUUUCUGCUGAUGGCGGUGAACCUCCGGUUAAGAAAACUAGAGUUGAUGAUGCAGACAUGCUUACCAUGGAUGGCACGAAACCUGACAAUGCAAAACCAAAGAAUAAUUCACCAAGAAAGAGCAAUAAAAGUACUGUUAAACAAACAGCUUUAACAACUCCAAAACAAAUGAAAACUACACCUAAUAAACAAGUAAACAACAAAGUGAAUAAACCAGUAAACAAAGAACUGGCAAAGCAUGUUAACAAAAGACUUGAUCAACAAGGUAAGAACAAACUGGACAAACCAGUCAACAACAACAAACUGGAUAUUAAACAAGUUGCAAAUAAAUUGGAUAAACAAGUCAAGAAAAUCAAAGACAACUGUAUAUUUGUAAACCAUUCACCCACAGCUUGUACAGUUCAAAUGAGCAUUGAAAAUGGGAAACGAAAACGAGGCCGUCCUCGUAAAGACUUGUUAUUUCUUGUCGGUCACAGCAACACCGAGAAAGCUGUUACUCUGGCAAAGAAACUAAAAAUCGAGAAGAUUCGGCCCUCAGCAAACACUUUGCCCAACAAUCUGAGCAGUCCGUCUGCUGAAAGUGAAAAGUCAGAUGGUGCUAGUGAUACGAACAGCAUAUCCAGUAUAGAUAUUGAAAGUCGUAAAUCGUUAUCAAAAAUCAAGGAAUUUGUUUGUGCAGUUUGUGAAAAACCUGACAACUUGUUAAUUUGUGAAGGUAUCUGUAACAGUGCUUACCAUAAAGAUUGCUUGACAAGGGAUGUUCUUCCUGAGAAGUUUAUCUGUGAUAAAUGUACAACAGGAAAUCACACAUGUUUUGUUUGUGGUAAGGCAGACAACGUCAUCAAAUGUUCUUCACAGAACUGUGGCAAGUGUUAUCACCUAGAUUGCAUCAAGACCCUUGAUGCCAAGAUUAAAGAUGAGAAUUUCAUCUGCCCUCUUCACCAUUGUAAUGUUUGUGGAACAAAGAAAUCCUCGACCUUAAAAAGACGGCUAACAUGUUGUACACGGUGUCCAGUUGCAUACCAUAGCUCAACGUGUAUUGUUGCAGGUUCUCUACCAAUCACCUCGGGGUAUUUAGUUUGUAACCGGCAUUUCAUCGCAGAUCCAAAGAAAGCUCACCACUUGCAUGUCAACGUCAACUGGUGUUUCGUUUGUUCCAUUGGAGGAACAUUGAUCUGUUGUGAGAGCUGUCCUGCAGCAUUUCAUGCUGAGUGUAUCGAGGAGGCAGGGAUUCCAGAGGGUCGUUUCUUCUGUCGAGAUUGUAAAGACGGCAAGGAAAUGUUGUAUGGUGAAAUUGUUUGGGUCAAACUUGGAAUGUACAGGUACUACAAUAUUUCACUUUAACCCAUUAAGCGCCAGCGGUCUCCCCUUGACGAGUAAAAUCGUCUGGCGUUAGACAGAGUAAAAUACUAAAGUAGGGUGCAUCAGGGUGCAAUGCGACUCAAUGGAUUAACUAGACACAUGGGCAGAUAGGCCAGUUAGCCCAUUAAGCACCAGCGCUCUCCCCUUGACGAGUAAAAUCGUCUGGCGUUAUACAGAGUAAAAUACUAAAGUAGGGUCAUCAGGGUGCAAUGGGACUCAAUGGGUUAAUGUAUUGUUUUACUUACAAAAAAGUCCAAUUGGAAUUAUAAUCCUGUUUGGAAUUUGGACCAGUUUUCAUUCCAUUUGGAAUUUUUUGGGCCAAUUUCUAAACAAAAUUCCCAUUGGAAUUUCAAUUGGAUUUUUUGUAAUGACAGGCCUUAAAAUAUCAUUUACAGGGCCGUCUGACUCGGACAAUGUCCGUGACCGACCAAUAUUUUAAGGCCUGGGGUAAUGUAUCAUGCCAAAUUCACAUGGUUAAUUUAAAGAAAUUUGUUAGGAUUAGAAGUAAAAUAUCUUGAGUACAAAAAAAUAAGCUAGGGUUAGACAGAGUAGAACUAGAGGGCACCAGGUGGAUUUAGCAAGACUCGCUCUGGUCAACAGGGGUGCAUGGGGAGGGGGUGCAAAAAUGACGUUUAUCCUAAUUCUAACCAACUUAUGUUAAGGAAUUCAGUUGCGUAUCACUAGUUGACAAUAGCGGAAUAGCCAAUAUUAAAUAUUCUGAAUUUUUAAAUGUUUUGAGAAUCUAAAAAUUUUAUAUAUACAUGUACUAUUUAAAUGUAUUAAUUAACGGAAAAAGUAACGUAAAUGUUGCUUGCCUGGAAAAGUAACACGUUAUCAUUCCAUUUUAAGCCAAAAUGUACCAGUUACCUCUAUUCAAAACAUAACAUGUUACAGUAAGCUUAAAAAAGUACCGAUUCCUUGUAAUUUCGUUCCUUGUUAAUUAACAAAGUUAACCUUAAGCCUGGUUUCCAUAUGGUCGACUCGGGGUUUUCAGUUUUGUGUGAGGCUCUGGCUAAUGGCGAUGAAGCUAUGGCGAUGAAGCUAUGGCGAUAGAUAUUAUUUCUACCGAUAGAAUGUACAAAUUUGGGCGAGUACACAUAAUAGAGACGUGACUAAACAUAAAAGCUCUGGCGAAUUUGGGUGGGGUUGAAUGAAAAAGUCUGGCGAAAUUCGCCGUUCACCGGCCUAAACUGAAAACCCUGGAUCGUAAAGAUUGAGUCACAAUCUUUCACAUAUCAGCUGAAAUACAACAUUUUAGAACUGAAAAUAUGCGGAGUGAUUAUAACUAGGGAAUACUGGUGAUUUAUAUGUGGUUUACAGUUUUAAACUAUUACAAACUGGCGGUUGAGGAAACCAGGCUUCACAGCAGUAAUGUAUUGUCUUGUUCUUAUUCAUAAGGUGGUGGCCAGCACAGAUUUGUAAUCCGAACAACAUUCCAACAAACAUCCAGCGAAUGAAACAUCAGCCUGGUGAAUUUCCAGUUCAAUUUCUUGGCUCACAUGAUUACUACUGGAUACAUCGUGGUCGUGUCUUCUCGUAUCAGGAGGGAGACAAAGGCUCGAUUGGAAGUGGAGGGAAAUAUUUAGCUGAGAUUUUCAAGAAAGGUUUGUACAGUAGCAUUACUUCACUGAUCUGCAUCAAUUACAAGGGUGGGUAGCAGCGAAGUAGUUGUAGUUCGCUACUGUAGCGAACUACAAUUUUCAAGUAGCCAGUAGUUUUUGACUACUUUUUUAAAACAGUAGCUGUAGUUAUAGCGAACUACAUUUUGCCUAAAAGUAGCCAAGUAGUUGAAUAUACUUUUCAAACAGCGAAUCGCUAUUCGCUACUUUUUAAAAUUGUUAGCAACUUGAUAGAGCAGAAUGAUAUUGAGACAUGGUUUGCUUAAAAUCAAUACUCCAUAGUCAAUUUGCACUCUUGAGUCUUGAACACUGUAGUGCUUACAAAAAUGUUGCUUUGUGUUUACUGUUGCUACUCGUAAGUCGAUUUGUUAUACACGGGUUAAAAUUGAUCAGGUUGUUCGGCGUUGUUCAAACAGGAGUGAACAAUGUUGCGCUGCACCCCGUGAACAAUAUUGUUAACAAGUUGUUCAACCAUCAGUACUGUUGCAAGUUGUUAACAUGAUUGUUACAACAAUGUUGAUGGUUCAACAACUUGUUAACAAUAUUGUUCACGGGGUGCAGCACAACAUUGUUCGCUCCUGUUUUGAACAACUUGCAUCAACAUGAUGAUUUUUAUGUGUGUAGGUUACAUUUCAGCCUGAGUUAGUAGAUGCUUCAAAUACAGUAAAACUAAAAAAUAUAGCGUAGCGAAAUAGUCGCUACAUUUUUAAAGCAGUAGCUGUAGUCAGUAGCGAACUACCUUUGUUCAAAAGUAGCAGUAGUUGUAGCUGACUAUACAUAUUUUUGAAGUAGCUGUAGUUAUAACGAACUACAAAAAUUUUGUAGUCCACCCACGCUUGAUCAAUUACUGUACGUACAGGUGGUUUGUGUCUGAUGCUUUGAUGUUCAAGCAGUUACAGUACCUGCCCUUCAUCAGGCAACUAAUACAAUUGUCUAAAAAAGCAAUGCGUGUUCGUGUACACACUCAAGAAUCUCAUAUCUUGUCAUCUUGUAGCAAGUCUGACAAUAAGUUGUGUUAGUACAGCUUGUCCCGGCCAAGUGGUUGACAAGUAUGGAACAACUUAUUAACAGUUGUAACAAGUUCAACCUUGUUGAUAUUGAUGUGUGUGAUGUUACUCUGAGUGCAUAUCCACACCGGACGAGCUUGAAAAAUAUGCCCGGCCACGGUGGGAAUCGAACCUAUGACCUUUGGAAUACUAAUACUUUGGAAUACCAAUGCUCUGCCAACUGAGCUACGCGGUCAGGACGGUUCGAGUAAGUGAUAUUUCGGAACAGAAUCUAGUUCCUUCGAUACCAGUGUAAUCUUGAUAUUAUCAGACUUGACAUCGAGUUAACUAAUCUAUCUGCCCAUGUCUCUUGUUAACCAAUUAGCAGGCAAUGCAUGUUAUGCACUCUACUUUAGUGUUUAUUCUGUCUAACGCCACACAAUUUUACUCAUCAGUGGUAGAGAUAGUACUGGUGGGUUAUUGUAUUGCACGUUUUCUGCAGCUCUUGUUGAGGCACAAGAGAAAUAUACAGAGUGGCAGAAAGCCCAAGAGGAGAAAGCUGAAAAAGAUCUGGAGAAAUUGUCGAAGAAACCAGCAGUUUAUAAACAUAUCAAGGUAUACUCAUGAAUGAUUACUCUACAAUACAUGGUUUACUGCCAGUGGUGCCAAAUUACUUUGAAUUUAUACUCGAGUAAAAGUAGAAGUAAUUAACAAUAAAACGACUUGAGUAAAAAGUACUGGAGGCAAAACGUACUUAAGUAAAAAGUACAAAGUAUCCUUAAAAAAUACUUGAAGUACAAAGUAAAAGUACUAUUGUCUGUAGAGUGUAGGGGGGGGGGGGGGGACUUCUCCAUUCAUGGAUUGAGAUACAAAAAAAAAAACACAAAACAGCACACGCAUUAUAAAUAUACAAUAUUUCACGGCAUGGUCUACUUUCCAGACCCCGUUGAAGAUAUAAGAAAUCCAUUAAAUAAAUAAUGCUUAUAAGGGACCGGUCAUUAUUUAUGGUGGGGGGUGGCACCGAAGAGAAAAGGGUUGGGUAAACAAAAUUUUGAGUAAGUAAAAGAUUGGGUAAAUGAAAAACAAAACAACUCAAGGGUUGGGUAAUAAAAAAAUAUUGUCAUUUCCAAAGCAUGACAUAUUGGAAGAAAAAAAAGCAAUGUCAACAGUCGUAUGUAGAUACAAUAUGUGAAUCAAUCAGAAUCAUUAUCCUGAUCAUUUUCCGAUUUGUUGCAUGGGAGGCAAAUGGUGUCUCCAGAAAAACAACAUGUGCAGACAGUAUGAAACUUUAGACUGCAGAAAAUUUCACAAGCCGUUAUCAAACUCGUGUCACAGAAGUGGUAAAAGUAUCCUUUGGUAAAGUUUUUGGCCAGGGGUGGGUAUUUAUUUUUUAAUUGAUAGUUGAGGUUGGGUAAUCACAUUUUUGACUUUCUAAUGGUUGGGUCAGCAAAAUGUUUGCCAAGAAAAACAUUUCUCUUCGGUGCCACCCCCCGCCAUAAGUAAUGACCGGUCCCUAAGCACGUCACAAACAAGAGAUCCCAAACGCAUGUAGAGGACCUAUUACCUAUCCCAAAAGUAAAAUAAAUUGGGAAUAAAUUACGUAAAAUUAAACAAAAGUUAGAAAGUAACGAAAUACUUCGCCACAAAAUGAAAAUAACGAAGUAAAACGUUGCUUCUUAUAACGACUUCGUUCCAAGUAAAAGUACUGCAGAAAAAGUUUACUUUGUUACAUGCUCACUUCUCAAAAAUAGUACUCAAGUACAGCAACGAAGUACAUUUACUUCGUUACUUGACACCACUGUUUACUGCAGAACUAAAAUAUAUAAGCAAAACGGGAAGUUAACAUGGAUCGAGAAAAUUGCAUGUGCUUUUAUACAAGUGAGUCACUAGUGUAAAAAGCAAAUCUACUUUUCCCGAUCUAUAUGUUACAAAUUUCCAAACGAAGGGUCUCCGAUCGAAAUGUUGAAGUUUUGCUACACAUCGCAGCCAGUGGUGGAAACUGUCCAUCAGCAACGCUGCCAGGAAAUUUUUAACAAAAUACUUUUAAAAAAAGGAAAUUUUAAUUUAAAAAAAAAUUAAUUUAAUUAAAAUAAUUAAAUUAAAUUUUUUUGCCAUCUUAUAUACUGGAAUGCCAUAUAAUUUACUUAUUGUUUACAAAUAUAUUUUCUAGGCCUGAUCGCAGCCAUGGACUUAGCCAGAGGCCUGUCCACCCGUCUUCUGGACGUGUACUUUUAAACGUGGACGGGCAAAAAAAUAUGCUAAAACUCCUGUAUUUUGUCUUUAGUAAUUAAUACAACCGUACACGCUAAAAUUUUACUAUCACAUUCAACAGUCACUGCGCAUACUACAUCCAAAAGCAAACAAAUUACAAAUCCCUAUAUGUAUUUGCGGGGUGUUUAGUAUUUUACGCUGAUUUUAUAUAACAAUAUAACAUCAAUGGCGAUUAUGUUUGUGAGGUCAACCAUGCUGUUUACUUUUAUACACGUUUUCUUUUGAUUGCUAUGACGUUUUAAGAAGAUAAAGAUCUGAUUUCAAAUUUAUUCCCGGAGGGGUGGGGGUAUGCCUGGUCCAACAUUUUUGGACGGGUAGAUUGCUAAUCCUGGCUAGGUGCCUGAUCGCAGCUGCCUUUACUACAGUACCACAUGUUUCAAAACUAUUUUAACGUUAUUUUCAUAUUAAUCCAGAUAAACCGUUAUACAACAGCAACACGAUAUGUAAUUGACGAAUGUGAAUGGUCAACAUGUGAUUGCUCUUUUCACGAUGAAAAUCCGUGUGGUCCAGACACGCAUUGUCUCAACCGUAUCCUCUAUGUCGAGUGUUCUCCAUUGAAAUGCCCUGCCAGAGAGAAAUGUCAAAAUCAAUGUUUUGUGAAAAGACAGUAUUUGGAUUGUGAACCAUUUCGUGCUGAAAGACGUGGCUGGGGCUUGAAAGCCAAGGCUGGUAGGUUCAAGUAUUUAUAUGUUCCAAGGCUAGUAGGUUCAAGUAUUUAUAUGUUCCAAGGCUAGUAGGUUCAAGUAUUUAUAUGUUCCAAGGCUAGUAGGUUCAAGUAUUUAUAUGUUCCAAGGCUAGUAUAGGUUCAAGUAUUUAUAUGAUCCAAGGCUAGGUAGGUUCAAGUAUUUAUAUGGUCCAAGGCUGGUAGGUUCAAGUAUUUUUCCAAGGCUAGUAGGUUCAAGUAUUUAUAUGGUCCAAGGCUGGUAGGUUCAAGUAUUUAUAUGGUCCAAGGCUUGUAGGUUCAAGUAUUUAUAUGGUCCAAGACUGUUAGGUUCAAGUAUUUAUAUGGUCCAAGGCUUGUAGGUUCAAGUAUUUAUAUGGUCCAAGGCUGGUAGGUUCAAGUAUUUAUAUGGUCCAAGACUGUUAGGUUCAAGUAUUUAUAUGGUCCAAGACUGGUAGGUUCAAGUAUUUAUAUGGUCCAAGGCUGAUAGGUUCAAGUAUUUAUAUGGUCCAUGCACACAAUUAUUACAUGCGUAAUUGUACACAAUUUAUGGCAGGAAAUCUGCAACAUCGUAAGUUGCAGUAAUUACUCCGCACCAAGAACUUCUAUGGCCUAAUACUUUUAUCUCAGUUAAGCUGGCGUAUUAAAACUGCCUAAAUAGAUCAAGAAAACUUUGAUUUUUUCAAUUUUAUUUUUUUUACAACAAUUUUAUUUAUUGCCACGCAAACCGCCAAGGAAGUCAGGAACUUGUUUUGUGUUGCUGCCGUUGGUUCUUUUAAGGCGUAUUUAUUUUAUAUUUCAGACGCAAAGAAAGGGCAGUUUGUUAUUGAAUAUGUGGGUGAGCUAAUCAAUGACGAAACUUGUCGUGAACGAGUUAGAAAAGGCAUCAAUGACGGAGUGAUUAAUUACUACAUGUUGACGAUUGAUAAAGAUUGUAUUAUUGAUGCUGGACCAAUGGGAAACCUCUCCCGCUUCAUGAAUCAUUGUUGUGAUCCAAACUGUGAAACACAGAAAUGGACAGUGAAUGGCGAAGUUCGCGUUGGUUUGUUUGCCAAACGAGACAUCAAGGAAGGCGAAGAACUUGUGUUUGAUUAUCAACUUGACUGUUUAGGUGUGUGUCCAAGUUUUAUACAGUCUAUACUUUCCUUACUGAAACCCUUUAUUACCGUUUUCUAAUAUCUCCUUCUAAUACGGACACUUCUAUCUAAUAAGUGUCUAUCUCAUACCGACAACUCUCUAAUACAGGACACCUCCCUAAUUGGGAUACCUCUCCAAUACAGACACCUCUCUAAUACAGGACGCCUCUCUGAUGCAGGACAUCUCUAAUACCUGACACCUCUCUAAUACAGGACACCUCUCUAAUACAGGACACCUCUCUAAUUGGGAUACCUCUCUAAUACAGGACGCCUCUCUAAUUGGGAUACCUCUCUAAUACAGGACACCUCUCUAAUUGGGAUACCUCUCUAAUACAGGACGCCUCUCUGAUGCAGGACAUCUCUCUAAUACAGGACACCUCUCUAAUUGGGAUACCUCUCUAAUACAGGACACCUCUCUAAUACAGGACACCUCUCUAAUACAGGACGCCUCUCUAAUACAGGACACCUCUCUAAUACAGGACACCUCUCCAAUACAGACACCUCUCUAAUACAGGACGCCUCUCUGAUACAGUACAUCUCUCUAAUACAUGACACCUCUCUAAUACAUGACACCUCUCUAAUACAGGACGCCUCUCUGAUACAGGACACCUUUCUAAUACAGGACACCUCUCUAAUACAGGACACAUUUCUAAUACAGGACACCUCUCUAAUACAGGACACCUCUCUGAUACAGGACACAUUUCUAAUACAGGACACCUUUCUAAUACAGGACACCUCUCUAAUACAGGACACCUCUCUAAUACAGGACACAUUUCUAAUACGGACACCUUUCUAAUACAGGACGCCUCUCUGAUACAGGACAUCUCUCUAAUACAGGACACCUCUCUAAUACAGGACACAUUUCUAAUACAGGACGCCUCUCUAAUACAGGACACAUUUCUAAUACAGGACGCCUCUCUAAUACAGGACACCUCUCUAAUACAUGACAUCUCUCUGAUACAGGACACCUCUCUGAUACAGGACACCUCUCUGAUACAGGACACCUUUCUAAUACAGGACACCUCUCUAAUACAGGACGCCUUUCUAAUACAGGACACCUUUCUAAUACAGGACACCUCUCUAAUACAGGACACCUCUCUAAUACAGGACACCUUUCUAAUACAUGACACCUUUCUAAUACAUGACACCUUUCUAAUACAUGACACCUUUCUAAUACAUGACACCUUUCUAAUACAUGACACCUCUCUAAUACAGGACGCCUUUCUAAUACAGGACACCUUUCUAAUACAGGACGCCUUUCUAAUACAUGACACGGCACCUCUAUUACAGAUACCUCUCUAAUAUAGGACACCUCUCUAAUACAGGACACCUCUCUAACACAGGACACCUCUCUAUUACAGACACAUCUCUAUUGCAGACACCUCCCUAAUACAAUGCACCUCUUUAAUACAAUGCACCUCUUUAAUACAGAGACCUCUCUACGACAGCCCACCUCUCUAAUACAAGACCACCUCUCUAAUACAAGACACCUCUCUAAUACAAGGCACCUCUCUAAUACAGGACACCUCUCUAAUACAAGGCACCUUUCUAACACAAGACACCUCCCUAAUACAGGCCACCUCUCUAAUACAGAUACCUCACUAAUACAGAUCACCUUUCUAACACAGGCUACCUCUGAUACAGACUACCUCUAAUACAGACACCUCUCUAAUGCGGACACCUCUCUAUUUCGUUGUUAAAUGAAAAAUAUUGGUUUACAAGCGCAUGAGAUAUGCAUGUUCUGAUCUGUAUUUCAUUGUGUCUGCAGGCAAUGAGAAGAAGAAAUGUAGCUGUGGAUCCGAGAACUGCAGUGGUUUUCUGGGAGUUCGACCAAAAACACAACAUGCUCUCAAACUCCAGGAAGAGAAAAAGAAAAAUCAGGAAUCGAAGAAAAAGAAAAAGAAAACUGCAAAUAAAAAGAACGUUGAUGGUAAGACGUUUUUCCUAAAUUUUCUUUCAUUAUUUUCAGAAACAACGUUCUGUGUCAAUUGCUGAAGCGCGUUUUCCACUAUGAACAAAUUGUUUUACACGAAAAGUAUAGAAAUAUUUGAACAAUGUGAUUGAUUCAGGGUUCGUAGCGGUCUUUGAAAUCCUUGCAAGUCUUUAAAUUGGAAUGCAGGUCUUUGAGGUCUUUGAAAAGUCUUUAAAUUGUGUGAAAAAGCGAAGAAAGUCUUUAAAAGUCUUUGAAUUCUUUAGUGAGUAUUUGAUUAUAAGAUUUCCUAGCUAAUAAAAUAGAUUGAUUGAAGCAAGAUUUUCGCAAAUAUCGACGAAAAGGCGCAUUUUAGGAUGUGAUUUGACGGGACUAAUUACUGGGUAAAAAUGGUGUUUACACUCGCAAUUUUUCGAUAGCUGAUUGCCCUCAAAGGUCUUUGAAAAGUCUUUGAAAAUAGGCAGAAAAAAUCUUUGAAAGUCUUUGAAUUUUUUUGGUCUUGGAGACUACGAACCCUGUGAUUAGCGACCAAAUGCAUCGCAAAAACAAACAACAAGUUCCUAUUUUUUCGCGCCGAGUUUUAUCACUAAAGGCCGAGACACACCGGACGCGAUUCGACAACGCGGGGCGAUUUUUCAGUUUUUGAAAGUUAAUAAAACAGCCAAUGAAAGGCAAUUUUAAAAGAUAUGUUUGCCAAAUAACUCAGAAUGUUAUAGCGCUUCUAAAUAUUUGAAAAACUUAAACCAGGAUCUAAAGGCCGAGACACACCGGACGCGAUUCGACAACGCGGGGCGAUUUUUCAGUUUUUGAAAGUUAAUAAAACAGCCAAUGAAAGGCAAUUUUAAAAGAUAUGUUUGCCAAAUAACUCAGAAUGUUAUAGCGCUUCUAAAUAUUUGAAAAACUUAAACCAGGAUCUAAAGGCCGAGACACACCGGACGCGAUUCGACAACGCGGGGCGAUUUUUCAGUUUUUGAAAGUUAAUAAAACAGCCAAUGAAAGGCAAUUUUAAAAGAUAUGUUUGCCAAAUAACUCAGAAUGUUAUAGCGCUUCUAAAUAUUUGAAAAACUUAAACCAGGAUCUAAAGGCCGAGACACACCGGACGCGAUUCGACAACGCGGGGCGAUUUUUCAGUUUUUGAAAGUUAAUAAAACAGCCAAUGAAAGGCAAUUUUAAAAGAUAUGUUUGCCAAAUAACUCAGAAUGUUAUAGCGCUUCUAAAUAUUUGAAAAACUUAAACCAGGAUCUAAAGGCCGAGACACACCGGACGCGAUUCGACAACGCGGGGCGAUUUUUCAGUUUUUGAAAGUUAAUAAAACAGCCAAUGAAAGGCAAUUUUAAAAGAUAUGUUUGCCAAAUAACUCAGAAUGUUAUAGCGCUUCUAAAUAUUUGAAAAACUUAAACCAGGAUCAAAGUUAUCGGUCAGUGAAAAUUGAAAAAUCGCGCCGUGUUAUCGUAUCGCGUCCGGUGCGUCUCGACCUUAAACAACGCAUUUCUUUUCGAUUCGCUGUGGGCGAAAAAGUUCGCUUGGCAGAAAACCCUGGCUUGCGAGGUUGGCAGAAAACGGGAUAUAUAUAUAGUUUGUGUAUUGCACAUACAUUCAUUGUCAUGAUAUUUCAUCAUACAACAACAGGAUUUACCGUGAGAAAUUCGUAGCAUCGAAAGACUUGCCAAAACGAUAUUUUCCACAAAAUAAUAUUCUUUUCAAUAUCCUGUAGACUGUAAAAUAAUUAUUUCUAAAAUAAAAUUGAGAUAAAGAAUCCGUCUUUAAAAUUAAAAUAAUAUAUGUCUAAAGAAUUUAACUUUUAACUCAAGAUUUAACCAACUUUAGAUUUUUAAAAAAAUAAAGUUUGUACGAGUUACUGCAAGGAUUUUUUUGCUUACAAUUGCCCAACUCUAGUGCUUUGAAAUACUGUAAAAUUUAGUGAUUGACCUAUUAUGCCACAAUCCGAAAUUACCGAUUAUUCAUGCAACAAUCUAAUACCGGUACUGAUUUUAUGAUGACGUCAUUCACUUCGAUUUUUUACGAUACUUUUCCAACCUAAUAUUUUACUGCAACCAAAGUUCGUUAAAACCGUUCAUAAAUGGCACGCUUCACGUAUAAAUUGAACCCAUUGCUUUAAAACCAACGCGCAAUGUAUAUAAUUUUUAUAGUGCGUAUUUUCUCAAAAAUGGGUUUUACACAUUGGGAAAUACAGAAUUCUACUGAUUCCGAUUGUCUGCCGAUAAGGCAAAAAUCGGCCCAAAUACCAAUUUAUCCAUCAAUCACUAGUGACAUUCAUUUUUAAUGAAAGUAUUAAGAUGUCUAAACUACUAUGAAUCCCACAAUUAAAAUAUCUACGUAAUUAUUUAAUGUUGGUGAUAAAAAUGACUAACCAUUCCUUCAAACCCAACUUUAGUGUUUUUAAUUAAACAUGUUUCUAAUAUGUAGUGUUUAAACUGUGAAUUUGAUAAAAAUAACUAAACUACUCCUGCAACCUGCUCUUUCAGGUACCAGAGGCAAACCCCAAGCACGCGGCCUGGUACCUGGAGAUCUGGGGAGCAGUGAGUGUGAAGAUAUAAAGCAUUUUGAUAUAACACCAGAAGCAUUUCAAGCUUCAGAACUUGAGUUUGAUGAAGACGAGACUAUCAUUGAACGAAUUCUAUUUCAUAAUAAUGAACAGUUAAACAAAAGUAACUUAAAAACAUUUAACGAAACUGUUACAAGACCGGUGCUAGAAAGUUCAAAGCAAGGAAGCCAGCCAGAUAUGUCUGCAAGUAUCUCUCCUUAUCUCACGCAUCAAACCUCGACUAUUCCUAUCCUCGCCAAUCAACUCAACUGUAAAGAAAAUACGAGAGAGGUCAAUCAAACGGCAGGUCGUCAAAGUUUCCCAAAUGUUCCUGGUACGUCUUCCAUCUUAUCAAGUCUCGAGACUUCACUCCCUGCUGACAUUCUGUGUGUCAAGUCAUUCUCUAACUCGCAACUUGACCAGUCCGAGAUUUCUCAAACUAAUCCUGUAAUUUCAGGUUUCAUGAAUUCCUCGUACCCUAUACAAUUUCCAAACUCCUCUCUCAUUCCUCCAAACUCUCCUACUACGCCAAACUCCUUCGAAAACCUAGGCAAUCUUCCAGCAUCUAACUUCAACUGCUAUGCCAACUCUUCCAUCACGAGUACCAAGUUACCCAGUUUACCACAUAAUGUACCUACUUCGUCAGUCCAGAGAUCCCUCCAGAGUACGACAUUAUCCCAAUUUACACCAAAAGGUACUCCCUUUGUAUCUCACGCUUUUCACAACCUGGGACCUAAGGCCUUGGGACCUGGUGUCGAGGCUCUUCGAUAUGGAACUACAGGUUCAACCUUUUCUGCACGUCACGUAUCUCCACCACGUGACCCUUAUUCUAAUACCCUAUUGGUUCCAUUGGUUGUCAAGUCAGAGUCUCAACAUCUAAACCCUGAAAGCUCUCUGAAUAAUGAGACACAAAUUUUAAAUAUUCUUGAAAAGCCCUAACUACAAGCCUGACCCGAGACGGUGAGCACGUUGCCUCUCACCAUUGAAAAAGUUAUAUAUAAGCCCAGUUGGGGCAUGGACUUGCCUUUCAUGUGAGUCGAGUUGUCGAUCUCUCCUGUGUUUUGGAGGGUUUUUCCCCGGGUAUUCCGGGUUUUUUCCCUCUCAAAAAUGAACACACCUAUGUUAUAUAUGUAAGAAAGUGUAAUGUACGUAAUUGUGUUGAGGAAAUUGUUAAAUAGCGUUAACCUCGCGAUUUCCUCUUAAAAGUGUGUAUACCUUGAAUAAAUAAUACUCCAAGUAUAUGUAUAUAAAUAUAAGUAAAAUUAGUUUUAAAUCUUAAAAAACGGCAAAGCCUAUAAAACUUUAAAGUAAUGUCAAAAUUGUCUGGUUCCGACUUCCUCAUUACCUGUUAUUUAGAAACUUAGAUAUCUUUUUCAACUUCCGAUAACAAUUGGCAUUCACAUGUUUUAUCAAAAUUAAACGAGAAGCUCGAUUCUACAACUGCUGCCUGCGAGCAUAUUCUAUUAAGAUAUGAUGGUCUGGAAACGAAACGGAAGUCAUUUGUACUAUGUUUUCGUCUGAGUUUAUGUUAAUUUGUGCACGGUCACGGUGAUUGAGCUCAUUGUAUUUUCGUAUAAUUGAGUAACCAUCCUCCAAUAGGGAUAGCUGAGAUGAAACGUGCAACCACGAUGAAUAAUAUUUAACGAAGUUGAGACGAAGGAUUUGUGCACGGUGCGCUACAGUUCAACAUCAAACAAAAGUCUUCUAUGUUGUAGCUUUGAAGUUUGCGAGGCUUCCAGACCAUCGUAUCUUCACAGACUAUGCUGCCAGGGAGACUACUCUUCUAGAACUCAACGUGAAUUCGAAAUGAAGUAUUCUAAUUUAUUCACCAGUCUCUAAAUAUUUCUGAUUUCUUCAAGGUUCUUAAGUUAAAUAAAACAUUCUAUGAAAUUCUUCGAAUUUUCAAGAGUGAAGUCCGAACCAAACAAUAUUAACUUUUUAAAGAUUUUUAAAAUUUAACAAAAGCUUUAGUUGUAUAUACGUUUAUCCUUGGAUAUAAAAUGUAUUUAUGUAGAUUUUAGCGAAAACAUUGUACAUAAAUCGUACAUGUUUAGUUCGACAUUAAAUUACCACAAAUCAUAGUUUUGCUUGUCUCUUACUUACGCAUCGUAAAUCAGUGAUUGUCCUUUGUGAUACACACGUAAAAACGCACAAGUUGUAACAAACCUGCAGCAGACUUGUAGCAAUGCUGUUCCAACAACUUGUCAACAGGAUGUCUUCGCAUCGCUUGUUCCCAGCUUGUUGACAACUUGCUACAAGGUUGUCGAAGCUCAACAGACUUGUUACAAGUUGUUCCAACAACUUUUUAUUGUCCUGCAAUUCAGCAAUUUGUCAACAAGUUGUGAGUGACACCUUGUAGCAACCCGUAACGAUGUGACCGUGUAUUGUAUCUUUCAGAACACGAAGACGAGUGUUAUGAUUGUGGUGAUGGUGGUGAGUUAAUAAUGUGUUCUAAAACAGGAUGUUCUAAAUGCUAUCAUCUGUCAUGUCUUACCAUUGACAAAAUACCACACGGUGAUUGGUUAUGUCCCUGGCAUUUCUGUGAUGACUGCGGUAAAGCUGCGAUGAUACGUUGUCAAGAGUGUUCAAACUCCUUCUGUCUUGCGCACGGUCCAGGUCAGAUUACCAAGAUGGCUGAUGGACGUUCUCUUUGUGAUCAACAUCCAGAGAGUGGACUGGACACGAGUGAUGUAUCAAAUAACACUCCUACCAAUACCCCUAGUGAUCUUAAUGUGACAUCCGAAGAACCUGGAAAUACCACGAAUAUCCCUACCCACCCUAUUGACGAGCCUCCCAGUGUCUCCACGGAUCCUACCAAUGUCCCUGCGAGCCCAACCAACGCACCUCUAAAUCUUACCAGUGUCCUUUCAAAUUCCGCCAAUGCACCUAUAAACCUUGCCAGUGACCCUACGAAUCCUACCAAUACAUCUACCGAUGCUUCCAGUGCCCAUACAAGUACUAGCGGUGAUCAGACCAAUACAUCUACCAAUGCUUCCAGUGUCUCUACAAGCACUAGCAAUGACCCUACGAAUUCUACCAAUGCACCUAUAAACCCUACCAGUGACCCUACGAAUCCUACCAAUGCUUCCAGUUCCCUUACAAGCACUAGCAAUGAUCCUACCAAUACACCUACCAAUGCUUCCAGUGCCCCUACAAGCACUAGCAAUGACCCUACGAAUUCUACCAAUGCACCUAUAAAUCCUACAAGUGACCCUACAAAUCCUACCAGUACAACUACAAGUACAUAUAUUAGCACUGACCCAACGAAAGCUGCCAAUGCACCUCUAAAUUUUACCAGUGACCCUACGAAUCCUACCAGUGAUGUUGAUAAUGUCACAAAUACACCUAACGGUCCUAGUAUUGUUCAUAAUGAUCUUGUUAAGAUUCCAGCCAGUGUUAAUGAAGAUCCACCGGUGUCCUAACCGGCCCUAUAAGCGUUGCAGUAAGUUCCACGACUCGGUCCACGCAGCAAGCCUGCCACAAAAUGCGAGGUGACUGAUUUCACUUUUCAAACUUUUUAUAAAUAUGGAACAUGAUGCAAAGUAGUGGACAUUUUCCCAGAAAAUGUAGCUCGAAGUACGGUAUAUUUUUAAAGAUUUCUAACAAUUUUAGUGUGAAAGUAAGGUAUGACAUUGCUUGGAGCAGAGUUCCGUCAUAAGUAAUGAAUGUUUAGGUAAUAUGUUAUUUUUACAUUAAUUUUAGUAAGGAUUCAUUAAGAUUCAAACUUCAGUGUCGACAAGCCGUUUUUUUAUAAGAUAUGAGUAUGGCUAAGUUAUUCAACAGUUUCCGUGAGCGAGGCAGAAUGUUACGAAUAUUAAUAUUGUUUGGAAACAUUAAUGAAGCAAUUAGCCAUUCUGAAGUUGAUGAGUGGACUGGGGACGAGUGUUAAGAAGUUCCCAAAUUAAGAAAUGAACCGAAUCACUAAAAAGACCACCUCAAAAUUAGUAAGUAUGCAACGUUUGAAGACAUUUACAUGAAUACCCUUCGAAUAAUAAGCUUUCGAAAAUUGGGAAAUUACUGAUUAAAAGAUUGUUUUUGAGACGCGCGUCCCAAAAAACAAAAAUUACAGUACAUUUCAUAGUAAAUAUCGCGAUUUUCGAAAGCUUAUUAUUCGAAGGGUAUUCAUGUAAAUGUCUUCAAACUUUGUAUACUUACUAAUUUCGAGGUGGUCUUUUUAGUGAUUUGGUUCAUUCCCUUAAAAAAUGGGAAAUUUGCGAUUACUUGUCGAACAACAAAAAGCAUCGUACUCAUUUAAAACAACAUCUAAAGAGUUUUUCCCAAAAGUACGCAACUACCAUUGCUAUGGCAACAAUGACGUUUUAACAUGGCGGAUAUUUUGGCUUAUUAAAAGUAUAACUUAACUCGCAAACGACAUCGGUAACCACCAAAUUUUAUUUCAUUUUAAUUUUAUUUGAUAAUUAAAAAAAAAAUUCUGUUGAAUUUCAAAAUAAUGAAAUAAGAUUUGGGGGUCACCGAUUUUGUUUUUCAACAAGUAAUAAUUGUCCAAAAAUACGGAUCUAAAUCGUGAGCCACCUUAAUUAAAGACAAUUAAAAAUUGCAUGGCAUGUCCUGUUGCUAUGGCUAGUUUCGCCACUGUAAUGUAGAUAGAUAUAGAUGUACAACCGUCACAGCGUCCCCUCACUGUAAAUAUUGUGAAAUCAGCUUUCUUAUAAACAGGAAAACCAAAGAAGAUUGCUGUAGUUUUAUAUUACCACAGGAA